AUGGCGACCGACGAUAGCCAGCCGCCGCCAUCAUCCUCUCCAUCCGAUCGAGUCGGGGGGGUGGGGAAAUCCACACCCAGAGAUGAUCAUUCGCCGGUGGAGAGUCCUCUUCUCGUCUGGCCCGUCCCGUGGAGCCGUCGCCGGAAGCCGACUCCGGCGACGUUUCAGCUUGCAGGGUGGGACGCCCUCUCAGAGAAGUUCCUGGAGGAGCUCCUCGUAGCCCACAUGGGGUGUAUCCUCAAGACCGCCAUUAGAAAGGUCGCCUCCUUCGGAUACACCCAGGAGGCUGCAACUCAGGCCGUUCUGAGAUGCCGCCCCGACUACAGCAGGAAAGACACGGGAGCGAAGAUCGUUCACUUCGCUCUGCUCCGUCUUAGGGCUGACUCGGCUGCGUCUCCUUCUACUUCUUCUUCCUCCUCCGGUCCUCUCUUCGAGGACCUGCAACAGAUGGGGAGGUGCAUCCUGGCGGAGAUGGUCUGCGUUCUGAGGAUGGUCCAGCCAUCCUUCAAGAUGGCCGACGCCAUGUGGUGCCUGCUGCUCUGCGAUCUGAAUCUCUGUGAGGCGUAUAGGGCCGCCGUGCAUUCGAGUUUCUCUCGACCUGGUGCAAAAUUGAAGACAUGGUUUCCGUCCUUAACGAACAAGUUGGAGGUGGAAAAGAUGACCAGAAGACCGCAGGAAGAAGAAGAAGACCGGCCCCGUGCGUCUUCUUCUUCCUCCGAUUGCCAGUCUGGGGAAUGCUCGACCUCCUAUUCUUCGUCUUCUUCCUCUUCUGCUCCUUCUGCCGUUUCACGAAGGAAGAACCUCCAUGGAUCGAGGGACGGCGGCGGCUGUAGAACCUCCAUGGAUAAAAGGCGUGUCAACCCCGAGAGACCCACGAGUUCUUCUUCCCGCCGAGGUGGAACGAGGAGUGAUCCGCGAUCGUCAACUGGAGAAGGCGCGGAGGUUUGCUUUCGUCAACCCAUCAAGACCGCAGAGGAGGUCAUCAUCGUUCGUGUCUCGAAGCUCCCGAAGGUUGACCCACGGAAGAAGAUAUUCAACCGGGUGAUGCCCUUGGUGAAUCCCCUGCUGGACAAGCUGGAUGAGUGGGCGGAGUGGGUGCAGCUCAAGGUGGGGCAGGCGGCCCUCCGGCUGAGCAGGGACAAGGAAGAGCUCCAGAGAUUGAGGAGGGAAGCGACCCAGCAUGAGCCGGCGGAGGCAACGGAGAGGAGGAUUCUGAGAAUAGAGGGGGCCCUCGGGGAGAUCCACAAGCGGCUUGGCCAGUGCAACGAGCAGAAAUGGAGGCUUAAAGAAGAGAAUGCCCAGUUGAGGAGGGAGAUCAAGGCGGCGGCGGCGGCUGGUGGUGGUGGUGUUUUGGUGAGGGAGGAGCGGGUGGCGCUGCAGAGAGAUCUGGGGAUGGAAAGGCGGAGGGUGGCGCAACUCCGGCGGGAAAUAUUUCAGACGGAGGAGCAUCGCCGGCGACUUGAGGUAAAAAAAAAGUGUUGUUUUUUCUGUAAUCUUGUUUUUUAUUGUUGUUGUUAGGGGAAGAUGGGAUCUCGCCGUUGACCGAUUCUGUGGGCAGGCGAGGUGGAGGGAGGAGGAGAGAUCGAAGGCCGGUGCCCUCCACCGGGCGGCGGCCGAGGGAGAGGAGAGGGAGCGGCUCCAGGCUUCCUGGAAAUUGGAGGUGGGCACCGUGAGAUUUCAAGUGGAGGGAGAGAGGAGGAGGUUUGCGGCCGAGAUUCAGAGGCUCGAAGAGGAGGUUUCUGGGCUGAAGCUGGAAGAAUCGGCGCCGCCGACGACGACGCUGACGAAGACGGCACUGGAGACGAUCAUAGAAGAGGAGGAGGAGGAGAACCAAUGGGCGUGCGCCAAGUGUCUGAGAUCAGAGGAGGGCUCGGUCGUCUUCCUCCCCUGCGCCCACCCGGUGCUCUGCAAGGUGUGCAGCGGGGCCCACGAGGCCGAGGGGAAGAACGAUUGCCCCUCUUGCGGGGCCCGCAUCGAAGAGAGGGUCAACGUGCGGCUCAGGGACGAGUGA